CCCGGAGCCCCGGAGGGGGCGGCGGCCUCGCCACUGGCCCUCGGGAGGCUGCGGCACGGCUCGCCCUGAGCUCCGGGUCCCACAGAGCGCGUCGCGGCCUUUCGUACGAGGAGGCUGGGCAUCUUGGACCGCUCCCCUCCUCUGCCGGGUUCCUUGGCAUCUUCUCCGGCCGGACCCCCGGGCCUCGCGGCCCCCUCAGUCGGCACCGUUCCCGGCUGCAGCCCCGCGCGGGCCGGCUGUAACCGCGCCGCGGGCCGGACGAUGCCCAGGAAGCUGCUGCUGCUGCCCCCGCGCUCCGUGCCCUCGGCUUUCCGCGCCCCGCGAGCCAGCUCCUCCGCAAGCGCGGCCAUGAACGCCGCCCGCACCGGCUACCGAGUCUUCUCGGCCAACUCCACGGCCGCCUGCACCGAGCUGGCCAAGCGCAUCACCGAGCGUCUUGGUGCUGAAUUGGGGAAGUCUGUGGUAUAUCAAGAGACCAAUGGAGAAACAAGAGUUGAAAUAAAAGAAUCUGUUCGUGGCCAAGAUAUUUUCAUUAUACAGACAAUACCCAGAGAUGUGAAUACAGCUGUGAUGGAGUUGCUGAUCAUGGCUUAUGCGCUGAAGACGGCCUGUGCCAGGAAUAUUAUCGGAGUCAUCCCUUAUUUCCCCUACAGCAAGCAAAGCAAGAUGAGGAAGAGGGGUUCCAUCGUGUGCAAGCUACUAGCAUCCAUGCUGGCGAAAGCAGGUUUAACUCACAUUAUCACUAUGGACCUUCAUCAAAAGGAAAUACAAGGCUUUUUCAGCUUUCCCGUGGACAACCUUAGAGCCUCACCUUUCCUGCUUCAGUAUAUCCAGGAAGAAAUUCCAAAUUACAGAAAUGCAGUCAUCGUAGCGAAGUCUCCUGAUGCUGCAAAAAGGGCCCAGUCAUACGCUGAGAGGCUCCGUCUGGGUCUAGCCGUGAUCCACGGAGAAGCACAGUGCACAGAGCUGGAUAUGGACGACGGUCGUCACUCACCUCCGAUGGUCAGAAAUGCCACCGUCCACCCGGGCCUGGAAUUGCCGUUGAUGAUGGCCAAAGAGAAGCCACCGAUAACUGUCGUCGGAGACGUCGGAGGGAGCAUCGCGAUCAUAGUGGAUGACAUCAUCGACGACGUGGAAAGUUUUGUCGCUGCGGCAGAGAUCCUGAAGGAGAGGGGCGCUUACAAGAUCUACGUCAUGGCCACUCACGGCAUCCUGUCCGCAGAGGCCCCCCGCCUCAUCGAGGAGUCCUCCAUCGAUGAGGUGGUGGUGACGAAUACUGUCCCUCACGAGGUGCAGAAGCUGCAGUGUCCCAAGAUAAAGACUGUGGACAUCAGCCUGAUUCUCUCUGAGGCCAUUCGGAGAAUCCACAACGGAGAGUCCAUGGCGUACCUCUUCCGGAACAUCACUGUGGACGACUAGCUUUCUCUGGAACUCCUGAGACGCGUGGGAGGCGGCAGCAGUGUGACGUCCGCAGCGUUUCCUUGCAGGGGACUCGGGUGGUCUCGUGCCGUUCGCUUUGUAGGAGGCUUUAAGAUAGUCGAGGGGGAGACACAGCUAAUGGGUAAAGGGCCUUAAACGUCUGCCCUCACCAUCCCGUCCCUCAAACAGAAGUCACAUUUUCCUGAAAAGAACCUGAACAUCUUCUGACACUGCAAAGGCGUUAGAGGCAGAGACAGUGCUAACUCUGGUGUCCGUUCAGCUGUUUCGGCCGCAGGGAGACGUGUGUUCACGUUGAACUUGGGCGGGCAGCUGGGCGCCCCGGCUCUGUGCCUGCUGCAGUUGUCCUCUCCCUGGCCAACUGCACGUAAACCUUUUGUAGAGAACCGUGUUUUCCUCUGAGAAGCUGCUGUGCGUACAGCCUCUGAACCAUAAAGCAUUUAGCGUCAUCCCCAGCAAGGCCCUAGAUAGAGAAUAAGACCCUGUCUCUCGGUGUCUGCAUUGCUCUUAAAUUACAAAUAAAGGAAUUUGUUAUCUUG